GGACAACACCUUCCGUCGCGGUCUUUUUACAACGCGGGGGCGGGCCUGGGUUCCUUUCUCGCAGGCUCUGGGAAGCCUCAUCUGGGAGGCCUCUGCGAGAGCCGCUCGGCCCUGCCUGCCGGCCGCCAUGGGCAUCGAGCGCCUGCUGGCCUCGUCGGAGAAGGAGUGGAUACACAAGUCUGUCGACUACAUCUCGGAGAGCAUCCUGAGGUUCCAGCAGACGCACCCUGGGAGCUUUGUGCUGGGGCUGCACGGGCCCAAUGGGCGGGCGCGCCGCCUGCGCAUGACCGAGCUGGUGUGCGCGCUGGCGGGCCGGCCCGACAUACAUCGACUGGAGGCGCGUGCAAAUUUUCCUUGUGGACGAGCGGUACGGGUUCCAGUCCGAAGAGGACAGCAACGCCGCCCUCGUGCGGAACGCCCUGGUGGAAGUGCUCGGCAAGCUCGGCACGCCGGUGCCGCCGGCCCUGCUGUUGGUGCCGAACACGGAGCUGGCGCCCGUGAGGGCGUGCGCCAAGGACUACCGGGAGCGGCUCCUCGCCAUGCUGGAGCGCGAGGCCGGUCCACAUCUCCCGAUCGUCACCCUGGACCUGGGCCCAGACAUGAGCGUCGCCAGCGUGUUCCCCGAGUGGUACCAGGGCGCGCCUCAGCGGUGGAGCGCCGCCAGCGCCAAGGAGAUGGGGGUCGUCUGCACGCAGACGACGAUCUUCGAGGUGAAGCAGCGGAUCAGCGUGAACCUGCGGGUGAUCCGCAAUGCCGAGCACAUCAUGCUGUUCCUGCAGCAGGGCGCGGAGGACGCCUGGAAUCGGGUGAAGCAGACCUUCGACGAGUUGAGAUUCGGCCAGAGGACCGCCAAGAGGGCCAAGGUGGUGGAGCCCACAGGCGUGAUGAUGACAGCGGAGGGCGUGUUGAUGGUCCAGGCCACCAAGGGCGGGAAGGCGGCGAAGCCUGCUCCAGCGUCGCCUCUGGACUACGUUCUCAAGUAUAG